AUGGCGUCGACACGGCAUGCGCUGCGUCUUGCUGCGCAGAGCAGUAACACCGCUGCUCGACUCGCUGGCACCAAACGGGGAAAAAGCUCGAACUUCUUCACGUUUUCCGCAAACAGCACAGCCCGGCGCGGCUUUACGUCCUCGCCGUCUUCCCUAGCAUCCUCUGUCACACCUGCGACCUCGAUCGCGGCCGCAGUAGCUGGCCUUGCCCUUGGCGGCGGCCUGCUUGCAUACAACAUGGCCGUCGAGGAACCCAUCCGCUGCGACACGCCCACGCUGGCCGAGCGUGACGAGCAGACGCGGCGGGACAACAACGGCACCAUCAACGAGCAGUCGCCCAUGCGCCUGCGCAUGGAGAAGUUCAUCAAGGAGCAGCAGCAGGCCAUCAUCAAGGGCCUCGCCGAGAUCGAGAACAGCGGCGGCGUGGCCACGGCGGGCGGCGCCGUCGAGGGCCAAAGCGACCGCCCGGCGCGCACGUUCCGCCAGGACGAGUGGCUGCGCAAGGAGGGCGGCGGCGGCAUCACGUGUGUGAUGCAGGACGGCGUCGUGUUUGAAAAGGCCGGCGUCGGCGUCAGCGUCGUCUACGGCAAGCUGCCCAAGGCCGGCAUCCUGCGCAUGCGCGCCAACCACCGCAACCUGGGCGGCGCCGGCAGCGACGCCGACCUCCCCGAGUCGCUCGAGUUCUUCGCGGCCGGCCUGAGUCUCGUCGUGCAUCCGCGCAACCCCAUGGCGCCCACCGUCCACCUCAACUACCGCUAUUUCGAGACGGCUAACCCGGACGGCACGCCCUCGGGUGCCGACGGCACGGGCGUCUGGUGGUUUGGUGGCGGCGCCGACCUGACGCCGAGCUACCUCUUUGACGAGGACGCCAUCCACUUCCACCGCACGCUCAAGGACGUCUGCGACCGCCACAGCAAAAGCUACUGGCCCCGCUUCAAGAAGUGGUGCGACGAGUACUUUUACAACAAGCACCGCUUCGAGAGCCGCGGCGUCGGCGGCAUUUUCUUUGACGACCUCGACGAGGCCUCGGGCGGCGCGCCCGGCGAGGGCCCGGCCGACAAAGAGAGCCUCUUCUCGUUUGUCCAGGACGGCCUGCGCGCGUUCCUGCCGUCCUAUGCGCCCAUCAUCGCGCGCCGCAAGGACAUGCCCUUCACGGACGCCGAGAAGGAGUGGCAGCAGAUCCGCCGCGGCCGCUACGUCGAGUUCAACCUGGUGCACGACCGCGGCACGGCCUUUGGCCUCAACACGCCCGGCCCGCGUGUCGAGAGCAUCCUGAUGAGCCUGCCGCUGACGGCGAGCUGGAAGUACAUGUACGAGCCGGCGCCCAAGAGCCGGGAGCAGCGUCUGUUGGAUGUGCUGCGGAACCCGCGCGAGUGGGUGUAA